AUGUUGCUGCUGUUUGGGUGGAUUCCGUUUAAGGGGUCGGGUAACCGGGCGACCCUUUUCAAUGUGGUCGGGCAGCCGCUGAAGUUUCCGGCGAAUGCCACGGUUAGUUUUGCUUCCCGGGAUCUUAUUCGGGGGCUGCUCGUUAAGGAGCCAUUGAACAGGCUGGCGUAUAGACGUGGGGCAACCGAGAUCAAGCAGCACCCGUUUUUUCAGAGCGUGAAUUGGGCUUUGAUAAGGUGCGUGAGCCCUCCGGAGGUGCCAUUGCGGUUGCCUGUGAGUUUCCCAGAGGCGAAAUCCGAGCUUUUGGUUUACCGAAUCGAAGGGAAUCUGCCAUGGUUGUUUCCAUAUCCAUUGGAUUUCAGCCAAAGCUUCAAUUUUGAGUGGGGGGAAAAGAAGUUUGGUAAGUAA